AGCGCGUGUUAAGACCGCAUCUUAUUAUUAUUAUUAUUGACUUCAGAGAGACCAUGCUUUUUGAUCUCAACCUCUGUCCAAAUAAUAAACUAGUAAUCUAUAAUAAUAAAGAUGGAUUAAAAUAAAAAGCAAAAAAGAGAGAUAAAAUCGAAAUCUAUUGUCCAUUUCUCAAUUUGGAUUGGCCUCUUUGCAUAUCUGCUCUUUAGAGUUGGCCGGUUCUGCAAUCGGAUCCCUUCUUCCCCCAUCUUCCAAUCGAAGCUUUUGGCUUUGAAUUGGAUUUUGGGUUUCAAAAAGCCACCUCCUUUUCUUCUUCUUAUCAUCCAUCCCUUUGGAGAAAUCAGCAGAUAUGCAGGACCAGCUGGUGUGUCAUGGAUGUAGAAACACAUUGAUGUAUCCCAGAGGAGCUACCAAUGUCCGUUGUGCGUUAUGUCACAUUGUCAACAUGGUUCCUCUUCAUCCUCAUCCUCCUCCUCCUCAUCAUGCUCAUGCAGGGAUGGACAUGGCUCACAUUGUAUGUGGUGGUUGCCGAACUAUGCUUAUGUACACGCGUGGGGCUAGUAGUGUAAGAUGCUCUUGCUGUCAGACUGUCAACCUUGUCCCAGGACCCCCACCGUCCAAUCAGGUUGCGCAUAUCAACUGCGGGAACUGCCGGACGACACUCAUGUACCCUUACGGUGCAUCAUCUGUUAAAUGCGCUGUUUGCCAGUUUGUUACUAACGUUAACAUGAGCAAUGGAAGGGUGCCUCUCGCAAGUAACCGGCCAAAUGGAACAGCUUCUCCCGGGACAAUGCCCUCUACAUCCACUCAGUCAACACCACCGUCUCAGACACAAACUGUUGUAGUAGAGAACCCAAUGUCCGUUAACGAAAGUGGAAAGUUGGUGAGCAACGUUGUGGUUGGAGUGACAACAGGCCAAAAAUAACUUUUAAAGAAUGAUUUGAUCUGAAAGAUCAAAAUUGGUUUCAUCUAUCCCUGCGUCUGGUUUGUGCAUAUUACAUACUGUUGAUGAACACUUUUUUUUUUUGUUAAAAAAAAAGUUGAUGAACACAAAGGUUUUUUGGUUCAGUAAUGUGGCAAUCCUGUUUGUAGACUCCAUUGACCAUUUGUGGCAUUGUUAAUGUAUGUAUUACUAUAAUCUGAUACACCAGCCAAACAUUAAGAUUUGAGUUUGAAA